AUGACCACUGAUGACAACUCCUCCACAUAUCGUCAUCACUCGGACAUCAACUGGACAGUCAAUGUAUGGGGAGUUCCCGACUGGUCAAUCGUGUCCGGGCACUGGACACUAGCGUGGCUCUGUUACGUCUAUGUUUUCUGCAUGGUGUACCUUAUCAUCCUAGGAUUCGACCUUGUCCUGUAUGCCAAGUUUCAGCGCCGUCUAGCUAGACAACGUCUGCUUAGUACUCUUCUGUGUUACGUCACCGUCUGUAACCUUCUUCUAUUUGGCUUUCAUGUCGUGGAUCCGUAUGGUUAUUACGGCAGAAUACCAAAAAUAGUAACACGUGUUGUUUGGAAACUUCCAUAUCCGGUGUUAUCAGGCACUUUCUGUCUACUGCAGAUGGUUAUUAUGAAGCUCACUAGACUUGAUAUACCUUCCAUCCAACUGAACGGAUACUGUUUCCUGAUGUUUGCUACCGGUAUCUACAUAGCGGAAAUCGUCACAAUAGAAACGCUCAUUUGUCUAUCGACGAUACCUGUCAAAUUGUCAUUUAUAACAGACGCUAUCUAUGUAGUUUAUGCUGUUUAUCUAAGCUUUUGUUUUGUAUAUGGAGCACCUAAAAUAGCUCGAUACGCCAGGGAAGCUCAGCGAGCCAAGAAGGAAUUGAGUAGUCACAGUCUGACUAAAAUUGAUAAGAAAAUAACCGAAGACGGGCGAAAUAAACCGAGAAUUAAUUACCCAAGGAUACGCACCAAUCAGUCAGGGAAUCGAAUAUCGUUGCUUAGUGAUGAUUCGUCAGGAUCCGACAACAAACAUGAAUCAUCAUUUAUUGAAAAGAAAAUGGCGAUUAGGCGAGAAAAGACGGCUGCAUUCGCUGCCUGGUAUAAAAACACAUUCUCUAAAGAUAGACCGAAUUAUGACAAACGUACUUGGAGGUCUCAAAAAAAUACGUUUUAUACGGAUAAGAUAAAAAUCAAAACUUAUAAUUCGUCUGGUUCUCUGGAUGGAAGUAUGACACUUCAUGACUAUAGUUCUCUAAAUGAUGAUAGUGGUAAUGAGAGAUCCAGUUGUACCCUUCCACAUUCCUCUUCGUAUGACCUAAUCGCAAGCACGCACACAACAAAUAAAACGUCAUUCCGAAAUAGGGCUUGUAGAGAGCGUCAUUCCUCCGAAAAAUUACGUAGACAAUCAAGGGUUUCCCCGAAUGACGAGGAACAUAGUGUACCGAUAUUGCUGAAUCCGUCGAUAUUAAUGACUAACGAAACAAAAAUAUUUGAGAGUGGUUACGUAGCGGAUGUGGAGCGUGUAAGUCUAUACUCGGAAGACGAGGAACAAUAUAAAUGUAAGGCCAACAGACGACGUCGGAAACUGGAUGAAUUUGUACCGGAAGUGACGUUACCAAACUCCUCAUCUUUUCUGAGUUUUCAGCGCUUGCGACAAGGACGAAUGCUCAACGAACUCGUCCGUUGUACGUACGCACUGACUGCGUUUGUGAUGCUGAGUUGUAUUGGAAGUAUUUACGCUAUACUAAACCUAACCAGUCGUGGAUUCCAGUAUUCUCCAGUAGCCCACCCAGUGUCUUGGUUAAUCAUCAAUUUCUUUCAAAGAUUUGUAGAAGCCGUAAUAUUGCUGAUUUGUUCAGCGGCUGUUCAUACGUCUGUAUCCUUCAGGUCACACAAGGCGAAGAAGAAACGAGCGAAAAAGGUUCACGACAGUUGUUCGGGAUGUGAAAAUUAUUAA